AGAGCCGAGAUUGCAGCCGAUUCCUCGCUCCGCGCUCGCGACUCUGGCACAUCACUCAUUUAGUGUUGUUUUGGUCUUGACCUAUCCUACUUACAGGCUAAUAUCUCUCAAACAAGAAAAUGGAAACCGCUAAUCAGAUUGUGUCACUUGGGACAUUCCAAUUGCUUAAAUUACCUUUGGGAUUUAUCCGCGUACUGGAAUGGCUUUUUGCCAUCUUUGCAUUUGCAACAUGUGGAGGCUACUCUGGGCAACUGCGGGUUAGUGUGGACUGCAUCAACAAGUCCGACAGCAACCUCAGCAUUGGCAUCAACUUUGCUUACCCAUUCAGGUUGAACCGGGUGGAAUUUGACGUACCGAUGUGUGAGGGAAGGAGGCAAGAGCGGCUUUACCUGAUUGGAGACUUUUCCUCUUCUGCCGAGUUCUUCGUCACCAUUGCUGUGUUUUCCUUUCUGUACUCCCUGCUGGCCACUGUGGUCUACAUCUUUUUCCAGAACAAGUACCGCGAAAAUAACCGAGGACCUUUCAUUGACUUCAUAGUGACGGUGGUGUUCUCAUUUAUGUGGCUGGUGAGCUCAUCUGCCUGGGCAAAAGGGCUUUCAGAUGUAAAGGCGGCAACUGAUCCAGAUGAGGUGGUUCUGCUCAUGUCUGCAUGUAAGGUGCAAACUAACAAGUGCAGCUCAAUUUAUGGACCCAGAUGGUCUGGCCUGAACACAUCUGUGGUAUUCGGUUAUUUGAACUUCGUGCUUUGGGCUGGAAACAUCUGGUUUGUGUUUAAAGAGACAGGAUGGCACAAGGGAGGUGCAGCAAGAUACCCCGCCUCAUCCUCAGAAAAACAAGCCACGGCCUUCAACCAGCAGGUCUACAAUCAGGGAAGCUUUGAUCAAUCAGGAGGUGCUUUUACUGGAACAGGGGAUUUCGCCCAAUCAGAGUACAGCCAGGUGGGAAAUUAUGGUGGGCCCAUCUCCUACACCAAUCAGUAACACCCUCUGCCUCUUUGUAAUCCCAUAAUACAGGGGACUCAUGUCUUAGGGCAAGGUUCAACACUGAGCACAUGAGAAGAAGGAAAAGAUUAGUUUAACAGAUAGAUCAAAAAGCAUCCUUUAUUUCUGAUUAUAUAAAUAAAUAAAGGCUUGUUUGUCCAGAAUAUUAAUAUGUUUAUAAAAUGAAUGACAGGGAUCCUCAGAUGUAUGGUUUUUGACUUUACCUGUCUGUAAAUGUCACUGAAAUAUCACUGUUUACUGAACAAAGGUCAUUUCAUCCAAAUGUGAAACUCAAUGAAAUCGUUCUUGCAGAGAACACUGCAAAUCCAUUGGUUUUAAUGGAGAUUGUGGUCCUGAAGGAUAAGGAAUAAUGAAGAGUUUACAAAAGUGACAUUACAUCACUACAACCAAAUGUUAUUUAGAGACAGUCCAUAUGUAAUUUAAAUAGUAUUUCUUCUGAACCGACUCUUUCCACAACUUUAAAAUGAUUCCUAUUCAUCAAAUUCUGUAUCAGAGCUUUUUCAAGUGUGUAGGUGCCCUUAAAAUCAACAUGAAUUGAUGUUUGCAACCUAAUUUACUUCCAGAAUGUGACAUAUUUGACAUAAUAGAGCCAUAACAAACAAUAGCUAUUCAGUCACUGGCUAACACCAUCCACUAUUGAUCAAUACAGGAAAGUCGUUUCAGGGGCAGAACAAAUUAUAACAUUUUCAUCAAAGGUUACAAAGACAAACCUUUUCAAACUAUUUUUUAAAAUAACAUUUACAGAUUAAUCAAUAAGUGCAUGAAUGUGCAUUAAGAAAGUAAAUGCAGUCUGUUUUGACUUCAUGUUGAUUUUUAAAGGAAUAGUUCAAGCAAAAACUCAUCCUCGGGCCAUUCAAGUUGUUUAUGAGUUAGUUUUUUUAUCGGAACAGAUUUGGAGAAAUGUAGCAUUAUUUAGAAGUGAAUGGGUGCCGUCACAAUAAGAGUUCAAACAGCUGAUAGAAACAUCACAGUAAUCAGCAAGUAAU